GCGCUAAGUUCUAUUUCCGGCCGGGCUGAGUCGCCCAGCGCCUCCCUCGAAAAGUGCUCACGAGGCAACGUCGCAGGAUCGAGCAAGCGGCUGCGGAUAGCUUAGGCCUAUAACAUCAAGAAGCCGGCGUCAUGCGGCAGUUGAAGAAGGCCGACGUGCAACAGAAGGAGUGGGAGGAUGACCUGCAGCCGCACCAGCGCGACAACACCAAGGAGAGCCAGAUUCUGAUAUGGAUCUGGAACUGCCUCGAGAUGGUCAGCUGCCUCGACUACGACCAGUUUCUCAAAGAUGGUGUGGCUCUCUGCAAGCUGAUGAACCACGUGCGGCCUGGCUCAGUGGCCAUGGAGGAAGUGAGCACCGGCAGCGACUUCCGUCAGAAACAGCGCAACAUCGAGCUCUUUCUGCGCGCCGCCAAAUCAUACGGCGUCGAGGAACGCCUGCUGUUCCAGCCCGAGGACCUGCUCUUUCUGCGGCACCUGCCCCGAGUCACCAGGUGCAUCUACGCCCUGGGAAAGCUGGUGGAUCAGGACUCGAGCUAUUCGGGACCCAAGCUGGGCGAGGAACCCUACGAACCCGUGAACGCGGCGGCCGGUCGGCGUCGUGGAGGCAUGCCCAUCGGCGACGACAUCUACGUGGCACACGUCAACGUCCGUGACGUCAUCCGCCGGCUGCCUUCAAUGACCGAAGGGGAAGACAUCAUAUCCAUCGGCUGAACUCCGCGCAGGCCACGGUGCUGAACGCAGUGAAACGUUUCCUAGCGGCGACAAAACGAAAUAAGGGUCGUCUGCAGAGACUCCGAAACCGGGGGCAGUGGGGGCGGAUGCCCCCAAAGGUUCCACUGAUGAGUGGGGGCGCACUGCAUCUUGAGGGAUCACCCCCCUCUAACAUAGUAAAUUUAGCCUUCAUUUCCCAAUAGCAGAGAAAAAAGUUCGCAUAGGCCAAACUGAACCUAAGGUGUCGCAACAACUUUUUGUUACACUUCUAUAAUGAAACAUUGACUUUCAUGCCGCCUCAUAUUAAAAGUGACAGGUCUGUGUUCUUUAGAGAUACGCUAAAGCCGACUGAAUAUAUGUACAGGUAUGAUGUCGUGAUUGUUACAAAACAGAGAAGUGCGUUCACUGACUGGCCUGGCACUACAUAAUGGCUCAAGGUGUCAUGCCAUAUAAGCCGGUUCGCGCGCUGGUGCUAUAGCACUGCCUGCAGCUCAGGCAAUUUUUGCACACGUAUGUCUACAGCUCUCAGUUGUGCAGCCUCUUAGCAUAGGAAUUAUAGGCUCAAGAAUUAAGACAGUUAGUCUGAUGUUUGUUUCAUGUAUGCACACAGUCUGGUGUCGUAUGACUCAAAGGAUUGCGACACUUACAUACUGCGCAAUUGAGUGUAGUAAACAUCCGCGUGCGAUCUUCGCUGUCCUGCGCUUUUCAUCUUUAAACUUAUUUUUCGCCCUCUCUCUUUCUACCUCUUUAUGUCUAAGUAUCAUAGAAGAACUUGAUUUUGGGCUAGUUUGUAACUCAUUCUGGUAAAACAAAUUAGAGCGCAAGGAAUCACACCCACACACACCCACACACACCCACACACACACACCCACACACAC